ACAGAGGGAGCUUGUCGUAAUGAUCGUAGGAAUCGACCUGGGGACGACCAACAGUCUCGCAGCGGUCUGGCGCGGUGAUGCCGCCGAAUUGGUGAGCAAUGCCCUUGGCCAAUUGCUCACCCCGAGCGUAGUCGGGCUGGAUGAUCAGGGGCGCGUGCUGGUCGGUCAGGCCGCCAAGGAGCGCCUGCACACUCACCCGCACCUGACUACGUCGCUGUUCAAGCGCUACAUGGGCAGCGCCACCGAAGUGCGCCUGGGCGACCGUUCGUUCCGCCCGGAAGAACUCUCGGCACUGGUGCUCAAAAGCCUGAAAGAAGACAUCGAGCGCACCUACGGCCUCACCGUCACCGAAGCCGUGAUCAGCGUGCCCGCGUACUUCAGUGACGGCCAACGCAAAGCCACGCGCAUUGCCGGUGAGCUGGCCGGGCUCAACGUUGAAAAGCUGAUCAACGAACCCACCGCCGCCGCCCUCGCCUACGGCCUGCAUCAACGCGACAAAGAAACCUCGUUCCUGGUGUUCGAUCUCGGUGGCGGCACGUUUGACGUGUCGAUCAUCGAGCUGUUCGAGGGGGUCAUGGAAGUGCGCGCCAGCGCCGGCGACAAUUUCUUGGGCGGCGAAGAUUUCGACACGCUGCUGCUGGAGCAUUUCGUCGACAGCCAGCGCAACGCCCAAGGCUUUCCGCCCACCAGCAGCGUGCUGCACACCCUGCGCCGCGAGGCCGAGCGCGUACGCAAGGCAUUGGGCCAAGAUGACAGCGCCGAUUUCACCCUGCGCGUCGAUGGCCAGCAGUGGGUCAAAACCAUCACUCAAGCGGAGCUGGCCAAGCUCUACACGCCGCUGUUGGAGCGCCUGCGCGCGCCAAUCGAGCGGGCCCUGCGCGAUGCGCGCAUUCGUGUCAGUGACCUGGAUGAAAUUCUGCUGGUGGGCGGCACCACGCGCAUGCCGCUGGUGCGCAAACUCGCCGCCGGGUUGUUCGGGCGUUUUCCCUCCAUCAGCCUCGACCCCGACCAAGUGGUGGCCCACGGCGCCGCAAUCCAGGCCGCCCUCAAAGCGCGUUCCGCCGCGCUGGAAGAAGUGGUGCUGACCGACGUGUGCCCCUACACCCUGGGCAUCGAAACCUCGAACCAAUACGGCGGCCAUAUCGAAAGCGGCCACUACCUGCCCCUGAUCGAACGCAACAGCAGCGUGCCG